CGGCCGGGGGGCGCGAUGGCUGCGGCGGGGGCCGGCGGCGGGACCCCCCGCUGCCCGCGGGCGCUGCGGCUGCUGCUGGCGCUGCUGCUGCUGCUGGGCGCCCCGCCGGGCGGCCGCGGCUUGCACACCAAGGGCGCGCUGCCCCUGGACACCAUCACCUUCUACAAGGUCAUCCCCAAGAGCAAAUACGUCCUGGUGAAGUUUGACACCCAGUACCCUUAUGGUGAGAAGCAGGAUGAGUUCAAGACCCUGGCCGAGAGCUCAGCCUCCAGUGACGACCUGCUGAUCGCGGAAGUGGGGAUCUCUGAUUAUGGGGACAAGCUGAACCUGGAACUGGGUGAGAAGUACAAACUGAACAAAGCCAGCUACCCGGUGUUCUACCUCUUCCAGAACGGGGACUUUGAGAAGCCAGUGCCCUACGAGGGGCCAGUGAAGGUGGGCGCCAUCCAGCGCUGGCUGAAGGGUCAGGGUGUCUACCUGGGCAUGCCGGGCUGCCUGCUGGCCUACGACACCCUGGCCGCCCAGUUCCUGGGCGCCGCAGGGGCCAAGGAGCGGCAGGCCCUGAUAAAGCAGGGCCGGGCCAGCCUGGCCAGUGUCAAAGAAGCUGAGAAGAAGUGGGCCGAGCAGUACCUGAAGAUCAUGGGGAAGAUCCUGGACCAGGGUGAGGGCUUUGUUGCCACGGAGACGGCCAGGCUCACCAAGCUGAUUGAGAAGAACAAGAUGAGCGAGGGGAAGAAGGAGGAGCUGCAGAAGACCCUGAACAUCCUCACGGCCUUUCAGAAGAAGGGGGUGGGGAGAGAGGAGCUCUGAGGGGGGGGAAGGGAGGCACCCACCACCUGCCUCUGCACCCGGAUGGUGAAAUCGGGGGGAGAACUCCCGUCGUGCUGCCCCCAGGAGAAUCGGUGCUAAUGCCUACAAUAAACAGUGCGUUGCUUGGGCCCCUGACUGGGUAGUUCUCUUCAACAAUUAAAAGUCUCCGUGUUCCCCUUUGGUAGAUGCCCCACCCCUGGCCCUGCUUCUCUGGGUUUUCUCUCUCCCUCCUGCUGCCCGGGGACCCCUGGGACUGGACUCCGAUUUCUGCCAACCCCCUCCCCUCUCCAUCUUUUGUAGCAAUCGAGGGUGAUGAGCAUCCUCUGUUAAUUCAGAAGUGGGUCUGGAUUCGAAUCCUGUCCUUUCCUAGAUGAUCCACACUGGGCAUCCCUGAUUCCAUGGGAGCAACCAAGGUCUUUGUGGGAGGAUGGGUCAUGGAAGGGGGGGACGUUUUUAAGCUGCCGGGAAGACAGGGAUGGACCACACUGUGUUUUCUAUGAACCAUUGCUACAUAUCAAUAUAUUUUCUCACUGCCUGUA